AUGUUCGAAAUAUUGUGUUCAAGGGAUAUUCCAGCUGCUACAGAAGAAGAUGUUAACGUUGCUGUGGAUGUUGUUCACAAAGCUCUUAAACAUAAUGGAGGGAAAGAGUGCGCAUCAACAUCAGAAGCUCAUCAUGCCAAGUAUUUGCGUGAUAUUGCUUCAAAGGAUGAUGUUGCUGGAUGCUUUGAUUACAAUGCUGAUCAUGCUGAAGAGUUGGAUAGAAAGCAAAAUGCAUAUAUUAGUCUUCCAAUGGAUACAUUUAAGUGUCAUCUUAUCAGGGAACCUAUUGGUGUUGUUGCAUUGAUUACUCCAUGGAAUUACCCUUUGUUGAUGGCCACCUGGAAAGUUGCUCCUACCCUGGCAGCUAGAUGUGCUGCUAUUCUCAAACCAUCAGAAUUAGCAUCUCUUACUUGUCUGGAAUUAGGUGAAAUAUGCAGAGAGGUGGGACUCCCUCCUGGUAUUCUCAAUAUUCUGACUAGAUUAGGUCAAGAAGCAGAGAUUCAGAGAUGCUUGCUUCUGGAUCACAAGAUGGAAAGAUUAAAGAUUCAUGCGAUGAAGAAUGGAAAAUUGUUAAAGGAAUUUUAUGGUCAUUCUUGUUAUAUAAAUGAUGCCACUUUUACAACUGAUGAACGUCGUUUCAUUACUGCAUCAAGUGAUUGUACGGUAAAAGUUUGGGAUUUGAAGACUGCAGAUUGUCUACAAACAUUCAAUCCACCCCCUCUAUUGAGGGAACUUGAUCAUGUUGUGGAAGAACUUGAAAAUAUUGCUAAAGUGAAUCUCCUUUAA